UGCGGGCACAGAGAAUUAUAGCGGUGUAUAUAUGUAAUGCCAAAGAUCGCUAGAUAGAUGCAUCCUGUUGAACGUUCUCGUUCGGGCACGGGGGAGGGAGGAGAAGCCGGGCGCCAGGUCUGCCGUGUGCCGACAGCGUGUCCGCGGGUGCUCAGAUGGUCGCGCCGCUUUGCUUUCCUCGGUUCCAGGACCAAGGAAGGAGUUGUUCAUGGUGUUACAACAGGUUUAGUGACAUCAAGAUACUGUGAAAUGAGGAUUCCAGGCUGUGAUUCACAGGAAUAUGUGGCUGAGAAGACCAAAGAGCAGGUGUCUAAUGUUGGGGGAGCUGUGGUGACAGGAGUGACAGUGGUGGCGCAGAAGACAGUGGAAGGAGCAGGGAACAUUGCUGCAGCCACUGGCUUGGUGAAGAAGGAUCAGUUGGCCAAACAGGAUGUGAUCAUUCCUGCUGUUCUUCUUUGGGAUCUCUCAACAUCCCCAGAUGAGUGCAUUGUGUAGACUGAAUUCUGUACUCAGGAGAAGGCCCCCCAGGGAUAGGCCUUUUUAAUACAUGAGAGAAUGGCUUCCUUUUUUUUUUUUUUGCACUAAGGUGACAUUUUUGGCUUAUGUUACUCUUUGGUUUUGUACUUCUUUUCUGUGCACUGUUUGCCCAUCAUCUUGGAUUUGGUGAGUACCUAGGUGACACUCACACAUUUUCCUAUGGAGGUGCAUGUUAUUUAUUUCAGUCACUUACUCAGUUUUGUCAAGGUGUCUGAGUUAUGUAGUAAAAACAGUAGAAAUAAGCUCAGGCUGUUUAUUGUUCCUUCUUACUGCAUAAGGUCGAGCAAACAGUUCAGUGCAGUCCUUGACCCUUCUUCCAAAUCCUUAUUGGAAUUAGUGGUAUUAUUUGAGUGAAGAUUUCUGUGGAACUGCAGUCUGAAAUUUCACUUUUGAGAGUGUAAAUCACGAAGUUGAUAGUGGAUGUUUGUUGCAUAUAGUAACAGAUACUGUUUGAGCAGAUCUAUUAUUCUAAAAUAUUGUUAUUGCCUUGUCCAGGAGAAUGGAAAGAGAGGCAGAUCUGGGCCACAUCUCUGAUGUAACGUCUAGUUAGCAUCACUCCUACUGUAUUGCAAUUAGAAAUAACUUCAGUCUUUCCAAAUUAUGUGCUCUGGAUUUUUCUUUCUCGACCUCUGGAAUCUUCAAUGUCACCAUGGAUUUGGGAAGCAGAAAAGGAUGAAGCUGAAAGGGCUGUGUGUCCUGGAUGCGUUCACAUGCAUUGCUGAUGUCACACUGACUCAGCUGCUAGGCAGCCUCUUACUUUAAGUCACCUGGAAUUGAUGCACAUGUCCAUUGCUGUAAAACUCAUAUAAACUUCUGGACUGGCCUGUGCAAUGAGCAGGUUCUCCACGUAAUCCUCAUUUAUCAGCAAAUAGAGACAUUCCAGCAGCUCUAAUUAGGAACUUUACCAGCCUGAUUAAUGCAAACAUGAAUCUGAGUUUCAGCAAAUUUGAUUUCUCACAGAAAUGUUCCUGUUGUACUCUGAAGGCAUCUCAUCUGUACAAGUAAUACUGGGGAAUUUUAAAGGAAGGAAAGAAAAAAAUAUACACAAUCUAUGUUGUACUGAAAUUUGUUUUUCAAGGCAUUUACAGCAGUUUGUAAAUUGUUGUAAACAGAAAUUUUUUCCGGCUAUUUGUAGACACCAAGAUGGGACCUGUGGUUACAGGUCCAUCACAGACUUCAUUCCUCUGUAAGCCUCAGUUGUUUUCCUUUUCACUUUUGUCAUUGCCAACUGAAAGGCAUAAGAAUGCAAAUCAGAAUUCAGCCUGUAGAACUUGCAGGCACUAUUUUAGCCUUUUGUUGGAAUUGUGCUAAUGCAGAUAUUUAUUUGUUUAAUUAAAUGUCUCUUCUUCAUUUCAGCUCUCCAUUUGAGGAGAA